AUGGCAGAAUCACCCCGCUAUUUGACCGGAGACGGUGAAGGAAUCCGCGAGUUCAUAGACAAGUUCGACGUCUUCCUCUUUGACUGCGAUGGCGUCCUCUGGUCUGGUGACCAUACUUUCCCCGGAACAAACGAGACACUGGAGCUGUUGAGAAGCAGAGGUAUGCACCCGAGGGCCGAAACGCCGAAAGCAAGUCGUGUUCGUCACGAACAACAGCACCAAAUCGCGGGCCGAUUACCAGAAGAAACUCGACUCCCUCGGAUCCCAAGCACGACGGAAGAGAUCUUCUCCUCCUCAUACAGCGCCUCGAUCUACAUCUCCCGCAUCCUCCAGCUCCCAGAGAACAAGCGCAAAGUGUUUGUGUUGGGUGAAACCGGUAUCGAGCAGGAGCUGCGCUCAGAGAAUGUCCCCUUCAUCGGCGGUACUGAUCCCGCGUAUCGUCGGGACAUAACGCCUGAGGACUAUAAGCGCAUUGCUGCGGGAGAUCCGGAGUUGCUGGAUCCUGAAGUCGGGGUGGUCUUGGUGGGACUGGACUUCCAUAUCAAUUACCUCAAGCUGUCGUUGGCGUUUCACUAUGUUCGUCGGGGUGCUGUCUUCCUUGCGACGAAUAUCGAUUCUACUCUCCCCAACUCGGGGACCUUUUUCCCUGGCGCUGGCUCUGUGAGCGCGCCUUUGAUUAUGGCCUUGGGCAAGGAGCCGGUCUCGUUGGGUAAGCCCAAUCAGGCGAUGAUGGAUGCCAUCGAGGGGAAAUUUAAGUUUGAUCGGAGCCGUGCGUGCAUGGUCGGUGACCGUGCGAACACUGAUAUUCGGUUCGGUCUGGAAGGGAAGCUUGGAGGUACACUGGGAGUCCUUACUGGUGUCAGCAGUAAGGAGGACUUCGAGACGGGGCCUACUAGGCCUCUGGCGUAUCUUGAUAAGCUUUCAGAUCUUUUGGGAUCGAACUGA